AUGCUCAAUAGCUCUUGUGGUGGUGUUUUUUCGGUUUUAGGAUCGAAUGAUGGCACUAAAGAGCAUCAAAUAUUUGAUUACCAGCAACUGCUUCCGCAAAUUGAGAUGUCUCACUACUCAGAUAUUGAAGAUCAAUAUUGGACUAAAACAUUUAAAAUAGACCAAAGAUUCGGAGAUUUAAAAGAUAAUAUUACGAAUGAAUAUAGCGAUUCUUGGAUAGAUUCAUCUCUCACAAACUCUCCUGUUUCUUGGCAAAAAUUUUGCAGAGGUUUGUCUUGGAUAUUCAAUUCGAAAGAAAUUUUGCCGAUUCUCACAAAGCAGUUCGUUCAGCUUCCACAGGAUUUAAUUUAUUUCCAGAAAAAAUCAGUUCAAGCAUUUACCGUAAUUCUUCAGAUUUUAAUAGAAUUAUGCAGAGUAUCAGACUGUCCGUCCCGGCUACUCAAAUUUAUCUCUAAUUUCAUGCUUCCAAAAACCUAUUUCGAACCUAUAACAUCACAAUGCGAAUUUAUGUCUUUUGCGAGUCCAAUCAAGCUGUACAAGAACAUCCUUUUCUCGAAACCCGAAGAUGCAUGGGCAAUUUUAACAAAUAAAAAACAUUUGACAGUUCUUUCGAAUAAAACGACCAAACCUAUCUACGAAGUCGAUAUAGAGUCAAUAUCUCAAUCGUUUGGUAAAAUCAGAAUCAUAACUAAGCAAAAAACUGAAAUUGUUUUUAAAUGCUCAGACGAUGUAGCAAACAACUUAUGGCUUCGAUCACAAGUUACUGAUCUUAUGUGGCUUGAUUCUCUUACUCCUUCUUUCUCAAAAAACUAUCCUCCGAAUUUUUUAUAUGCUUUCAGUUCUACUUUGUAUUUAGACGACAUGCUUAUCAUACAAGCUCUUUUCUCUAUACAAAUAUCCCAAUUAGAACUAUGGGAUCCCAUUAUUGAUAACUUAAUUACACUUUCCAUUUCAUAUGGCCGACUCGACUCAUUAGUUUCGUUUAUUUCGUUCGAUGAAAUAUCGCAGACAUCAGAUCCGAACUUAAUCUUACGAUCAAACUCGAUUUGUACCCAUUUUUUGAAAGUUUAUUAUAAAAGAUUCGGAAAAGACUACAUAAACAACGUCAUUAUACCUCUCUUUAAUGAAGUCUGCAAGAUCCCCAUCGAUGACAUAGCAGACGAAUCAAAUGACGUCGAAAUAAUCCGAAGAUAUAUUUUGAUGUUCGCAGAUACGGUCAUGAACUCGUUUGACAAGAUCCCAAGAGCCAUCAGACACCUUGCAACCCAUAUUUUCUACGCUACGGAGUGUACAUUAGGUACAUGGGAGGCAACUUUCAAUUCGAUCACGAAUCUUUUCAUUUUGAGGUUUUUCAUAGCUUUCUUUUCAUCGCCAAGUGAAAUGCCGAUAAGUACUGUUGAUUCUGUCAGAUAUAAAAAGGUUAUUAUCCCGUUUGGCGCGAUUAUGUUGAAUUUCCUGUCUUGCAAUGGCAUGUCCAACAAGUACGAGUACUUAGAGCCAAUAAGAAAAGACUAUUACUCAUAUAGAUUAAAAUUGCUUGAAUUUUUUUCGUCUCUUCCUUUGAGAAGGAACGAGCCAGGCCAGUACGUGCAGCCUUCAACAAAAGAAGUCGAAACUUCCUCAAAAUUCAUUCUCGAUUUCAUUGUUGACAAUAAGGAACAGUUUUUGAGGCAAUACAGGGGUUUGAUGACGAAUGAAAACAGAUACCACCCGUUUUCUUACAGAAUUUUGCAUAUGCUUUAUUCUUGUCUCGUUCAUACUGAAUUAUAA